CAUGGAAACAGAGUCAUGUCAACAAUUUGAUUCGAUAAAAUCACGCCAAUCGAAGGAAAUAAUUCAAUUAUGCAGCAAGAUUUAGCGUAUUAAAAACAGAAAAUCUCUUCUAGUCUAAUCACACUUCCAACUAUAGCGAAAAUGGGUUUACUUAGUAUUUUAAAGAAGCUGCGCUCUAGCCCCGAUAAGGAACUUCGUUUGCUUCUACUCGGGCUAGAUAAUGCCGGUAAAACUACGCUCUUGAAGCAGCUGGCGUCAGAAGACGUUAGCCAUGUGACUCCGACAGCUGGUUUCAACAUAAAAUCUGUUCUGUCCAGUGGAUUCAAGCUGAAUGUGUGGGAUAUCGGCGGGCAGAGAAAGAUAAGGCCGUACUGGAGGAAUUACUUUGAAAAUACUGAUAUUUUGAUCUAUGUAGUGGAUUGUUCCGACCACCAGCGUUUGGAAGAGACUAGCACGGAGCUAGCAGAACUUCUCCAAGAUGACAAGCUACGUGCGGUCCCGUUGUUGGUGUACGCCAAUAAACAAGACUUGUCUUCGGCUUUGCCAGCGAGUGAGGUGGCCCAGCAUCUUGGCCUUCAUCUGAUCAGAGACCGGACUUGGCAGAUACAGGCGUGUGUCGCCACCGAUGGUACUGGUGUGAAGGAAGGAAUGGAGUGGGUAUGCAAGAACAUUCCUGUUAAAAAGUAACUUUACGAAGUAUUAAUACAACCCGAUUGAGCUAACUGCGCAACUCACUGGAAUGAGGUCCUACUUACCAGUACACCUACCCGCGUUCGCCCCGUUCGUACCAGAGCGUCCAUGUGACGUCACGGCUGCAAGGGUCGCAGUUAACUUGCCGGAUUGUUAAAGUCCCUCCAAAAAAUCAUGUAAUUUCAAUCUAUUACCUCAUAGUUAAUGUUGACGCUUCAAUGUGCUUCAAUUUGAUCAAAAUAUAGGUAUAUUUUUAAAUGGUAAGUAUACCUACUUAUAUUCAUUAUACUAUUUAUUGUUUGAACAAAUGCAAUGAUUAUACUUGUUCUAUUUAAAACUUAUCUCUUGCACUAAAUCAUCAUUAAAGUUUCCAAUAAUCCAUGAUGUUACAAUCUUAUCUUUCUUAUCUUUAAUUAUAUUAUUUAGAACGUAGGUAUUUAGACCAGGUGUAAAUAUCUAAAACGUGCAGUAUUUUGAUAACGAAAUGAUAUAAUAAAUCCGUCCAUUUGCUUUGAAAUGUUGAUGUCUCAAAUAUUAUUAUUACAAAAAUAAUGUAGUAGUAUUAUAGUGGUUAUAACAAAUAUACCUUAAAAUAUUAAUAAAUUAAACGAUUUACUGAAUGUAAUUAGCUAGUCAUUAUAAAAUUGACCAAAAAUUAUUAAUAAUUAUGUUCUUAUUAGUUUUAGUAAUUUAGGUGCGUUUAUUAUUAUUAU